CGAGAAUCUCUAGCUCAUGAGUGGACUGGCUUCACAAAUCCGUCGCCGAUUUUAGUUCACCGAUUUUCCUUAAACGCCACGGAUUUAUUCAACUUUACUGGCAGAGGUGUUUAAAAUAAUGGUAAAUUCUCUGUAACCUUGAUGUUUAUGUGACUGGAUCACUUUCACGGAGUAAAAGAGUGUUCAACAUGUCAAAAGCCAAAGCAACAUCGACUGCGGGUUCUUCGCGGUUGAAGGACCCCAUCCCGGCAUUGGAGCAAGCCUGCAAACGAGCCGAUGCGCUCCACACCGAAAUCUCGUCCACAGGACUAUUCAACCUCGUCUGGAGUGGGAAAUGGCCAGAUUUCAAACCAAACAAUAGAUUUGACCACUUCGAGGUUGAUCUAAAUAGAAGUUCUGAUGUUCUUGCCGAGGCAGACUCGUAUUUCCAAAUGCUAGAGCAAGCCUGCAUCCGAUUGAACAAGGCGAACGCGACGCUUUCUGUUCUCAUCGGCAAGAAGCUGCAGCAGGAGUUUGACGACAUCGACUGGGAUAUCAAUGGACGAUUUUUAACUGAUGAAGAACAUGAGAUGAUGUACAAAAGCACGAUAGUAUGCAAGAAUUUUGACGAUCUACUAAUAAAAAUGGCCGAAAUUUGUCAAGCAGCGGACGAACUGGCGGAGAAUGCCAAACGCGCAAGCGCAGAGACCCGAGCCGCCCAAAUGAACUCCUCAUAUUUCGCGAAGAACAAAGAUCAAAUGGAAAAUGUACAAAAACUUUUCGAAGAAAAACUCAGGCAAAAAAAGGAGGAAAUCAGAAGGCUAGAAGAAGAAAAAAAGGCGAAGGCUCGAGAGGAGCGCGAAAGACGCGAAAGGGAGGCCCGGCAAAGAAAGGAACAGGAACGACUGGAGAGGGAAGAGAUGGAUAGGGAACAACGUGAACGAGAAGAGAGGGAAAAGGAGGCGAGCGAGCAGAAAGCGAGAGAGGAAAAAGAGCGGAGAGAGCAAGAGGAACGGGAGAGGGAGGAGAGAGAGAGAGCCGAGCGGGAGAGGCGGCAGAGAGAAAAGCGAGAACGGAAAGAAAGGGAACGGUUAGAGAGGGAGGAAAGAGAGAGACAAGAGAGAGAAAGAUUAGAGAAGGAGAAACAGGAGAGGCUUGAAAGAGAGAAGCGAGAAAAAGAGGAGAGGGAGAGGAGGGACCCGAAUUCAAAGUUUUGGAGAUCAUUACUCUACAAUGCCCAAGAAGAAACGAAACAGAACAAAGGUCUUCACUGUGUGUUUCGAGCCUUUACUGAUUCUCUCGUUAGGAGUGAAAUGACCGUUGUGGAAGUCCCAUUCCUCAAGGCGCAAGUCCCCAUUGGAUCAGGAGAAGAGCUGGCAAGCACUGUCCUUGACAUCACGUCGGAAAAUGGCCGCCUCGAGUAUCCCUAUGCUGCCCGACUGGCGAUGCCAAAUUUAGUGGGUCGACAUCACUUUUACAGCGCUAUUGCAAAGAUUCGCGUCGAUGAUUCACGCGAGUGGACUACAGUGCCAUCAAAGGAUACCAACAUCGAUAAGUAUAAGGAUUUAGGCGAGUGUGAACUACCACCCUUCACUAGCAUCCGUGUGGCAAUCUUCAGGGCCGUGCCGAAAGAUGCCAAAGUCAUCCGACGAGGCGGUGGGACGGUCAGGUCACACGCCGAACCCAGGAUCAGCAUAGAAUUCCCGAAAGACGCUGUGCAAGACCCCCGAGAGAUAACCCUCCUGGUCCGCAAUGUCGACCACCAGCUGAUCGAGUCGCUCAAGCGCCACAGCCAAGGUUGCGAGAACGUUACAACGGCAAGUCACGUGCUGCACGUCGAAAAUAUGGAGGGCUUUGGGCGGUUCAAAGCGCCUCUAAAAAUCACCAUGCCAGCGGUCGAACGUCUACUAAAGACAAAAAAGAAACAGGAUAAGACUUCUCCGCUGUACACCAUGGUAGUCCAGCUAGGCCUGAACGGACAGUGGUCGAUCUGCCAGAAGGUGGACGCAGAGCCCAAUGAAGAAGGGGUGGUGACGGUCCUAAGUAGCAAUCCAUUAGCUGGAAUGGUUGUGAUGGGAAUGGCGAUCAACUCGGAAGCAAAGGCGGAGUUUUCAGCUGAAAGAUUGGACCAGCACCUGGACGAACACGUGAUUAGGUUCCUCCAGAGACAGUCCGAGAAAGACCGGAGUCAGAUUGUGACUGAUUGUGUCAAUACGGAGGAUAGUGAUAAGCUUCUGGAAGAUUUAAAUAAAAAAGGGUUUACUGAAGGGCCCAUUGAAUCUAAGGAAAUCCUCAUCCGAGAGGGACAGAAAUUCACGAUGAUGCUGAGCCAAUGGGGAAACAUCCGUCGCACAGGGUUUGGAAAGGUUCCUGCAGAUGGUGCCAUUGAGUUCGUUUAUCAUUCAAAGAUAAAGUGUUCCCGGGCGCAAUUUUCGGUGGAACCUGAUAAUAUUUACGGUCAAAGCUCACGUGACUACUACUUCGGUAACAACGAGUACUUCACCCAAAACAACAUUGGGAGACCGGACAAAAAGAUCCAUGAUUUCGGAAUUAAACUGCCCAGGAUGAGCAGAGAAAAAUCCACGGUUCAUAAAGCCCCAAGACGAUUUGGCGCCGGUGCCCUUGGUGAAGAAGUGUUCAGACUAAUUGGACAGAGUUUGGAAGACGAAGAGUGGACUCAACUGGCAACGAGGUUGAAAAUGGACAAGGCCAAGAUAGCUAGGAUUGAGCGAGACAACUCCGGUAAAGGCUUGGAUGAUACGGUCUUUGCGAUACUGUGGGACUGGUAUAAGAAAACCGAGGUCUCGGGAAAUAAGGUUGAUAACCUGUGUCGCUCCCUGAGGAAGCUUAACAAGGAAGACCUCGCUUAUCACAUCGAACAAGAGAAUAACAAAAUAUUAGAGGAACAAAAAAAAUCAGCGAAAGAAACCAAUCUCAAUAAAGCAUUCUUCAUUGUGAAAGAGUCAGAAACUGUUCUGCGAAGCUGGAAGAUGAUAGGCCACCGUCUUGGAGUUCCCGACUGUGACGUUGCCGCCAUUGAUAUUGAUGUCGAUGAUGAAGUUGACGGGGUUAAGGAAAAGGUCUGGAAGCUCUUGAAUGCAUGGAAAGACCAAGAGACAGGUGGUGCCACCAUCGACAAGCUAAUUUCAGUAAUGAGAAAGAUGAAGAUUGGGUUGGUUGCAGAUAAAUUAGGAAAACUAAUCCCAGUGAGUGAUCAAAAUAGGACGGUUAGUCAACCAACACCAGCGCGGAGUCUGCGGCCAAAAACAGCGGGACCUUCGAAUUCUGGGUUGUCGCCGAGAGGACUCGUCAGUCGACCAUCAACUGUGCACGCCGGCAGCAGACGUUAGAGCCAACCAUAGUUCGGCACUUCGCGAAGAGACGACCAAUUUGACGUCAUCUUCGCCCUUACUCGGCGAUCUUCGUUAACGUCCAGAAAGCCGAGAAUAUCUGUAGGGUUAAACCGAAUGAGAGUCAUCUAGAAUGCCAACACCCUGAAGCAAUUUGCAAACUCGAAACGUUGUUCGGUUGAAUCUUUAACCGAAUGAGAGUCAUCAAGAACGGAAUCACCCUGAAUCAGUUGCUACCUGAAGAGUUGUUCAGUUGAAUUUUCACACAUAUGAGUACACAAAUUUCAAUUUUUUAACGAACGGCGUCGGCCUUCAAGGGUAUUUUGAGACGGUCCCUCGGGGACUAUGCUAUGCUAUGAUUCCUUGUAAAAGCGCGAUCACCGGGAGAGCCACCUAUACGCCGCUUCUCAAAACUCUGGCCACUGUCUAGUCCACGUGGUUCCUGCCAACAGUACCGGUACUGAAGAAGAACCAUCCAAGUGCUGCAUUGCCGACAGUCGGCGGAUUGACGUGACCUUUUCUUUGUUGAGGGGGAAAUGGUAUUUUUCAGGACGCUGGGAUUGCCCAAAUUGACGCCGAGCGAUCGGGAGGGAUACUUUAUGAAUAAAAGAGUCCAUCAAAGAUUCAAACGUUAACUGUACGAUUUAUUGGCUAAGAAGGAGGUACACAUACAAUAAUAACAUCAACAUACUGUAAAUAGGAAACGGUUUUGUGAAAUUGUAGCCUUUAAUUUGCCAGUGUUUUGACACCAGUUAUUAUGACAGUUAUUCCUUUUUUGCACCCAUAUGUUUUUGUAAUUAUCUGUAUAACAUGUGCAACGGGAAUAUAAAAAGUACUCACUUAACAUUUAUAGGUUAAUAGUAAAAAGUACUAUAGUAAUAUGUUUACCUAAUAUGCUUAUUACAGCAGAACGUCACUAUAUCAAGGACACGCUUGGGGCUGGAUAAAUCUGUGCUGAGGAUCAGGAUCAGAAUGACGAAAUGGACU